AUGAGGGAGAUCAUCAAAUUUUCGUUAUGUGUUGCUUUUUUAAUAACUGCUGUUGUGGCGGAUGAGACGAGCAAUAUGACCAAAUCAGAACAAGAUGUAAAUAGUUGCAUUACAGCUUUAUUCUAUCUUGUCCCUUGUUCAUCGUAUCUCGAAUUCGAUUCUAUGCUUAGCAAACCCUCACAUGAAUGUUGUGGCGAAUUGGAAACGUUGUUGUCCAUCAAUCCAUCAUGCACAUGCAUCGCUUUGGAAAACACAAUGGUUUAUGCCUUUGGUGUUGACAUUCAUAAGGUUCUAACUUUGCCUAAGUUGUGUGAUGUUAAGAACAUUCCGCCCGAAGCCGAUUGUAAUAUUUUUACAACGCCUGCGCCAUCACCUAGUGUUCCGACACACUCUCCCAGCACUACUCCUGGUAUUUUGUUGAUGAUGUGAUCCUUAUUAAUUUGUUUUGAGAUUGAAUUGUAAUGGUGGUUGUUUGUGUUUCAUAUAUUUACUGUUUGCAUUUUGUUCUUUCAUGCUUUUUCCUCUUUUUGUUUACCUUUCUUUUGAAUUAAAAAAUUAGGGAAAAAAGUUGUUUAAAUGUUGAAACUCGAUCGGUUGCAUUAGGCAUUUGAUUUUAUUUAUAAAUUUGUAAUUUUGGGGAAAAAAUUGUUUAAAUGUUGAAAUUCGGUUGUAGUUUGUCUGAGAUUUAUUUCUAAAUUUGUGCCAUCAAUUACAAUCUUUCGCGAGAGGUUUAAUUUACAUGUGUUUUUAUAUGCAUUAGCAAAUAGUGUGUUUCAUGAAU